AUGGGCCCCCCCGGCCCCCCCGGCCCCGCUCCCGCUGCCCCUCCGGGGACCCACACCUCCAGCUGGGGACAGCGGGGUCCCCUGGCCACCACCCGGGGCCAAAACGCCGUCCCCAGAGCCAAAAGGCCACCGGAGCCACCGGCGGAGCCACCUGCGAUGCUCACGGCACCGGCUGCACCAAGAUGGUGCCCGGUGCCCGCAGAGACACCGGGCACGGCCCCCGCCCAGCGCCCGCGGACGCCUCCUCACCCCAGAGCAGCCCCAGCCCCGGGCAGGACCCACCCGGGCACCCCGACCGAGGUUUGGGGUCCCCAGACAGGGCUGGGGGACAGCCCGAGCCCCCCGCAGCACCGGGCGGGCAGGGGGUGCGCGCCGGGGAUCGGGGGGCUCGGACAGCCCCCCAAAGCAGCCCCGCCGUGUUCCGGGCCGCCGCCGAGCCGGGCUUUCGUUAGCGGCACAAUUCGGGCCGGCGGAGCCGCCCCCGGGGCUGCAGAGCGGGCACGGAGCGCACCGGGGGCGGGGGGGGCACCCCGGGACCCCCAGAGAGCCCCCCCCGGGCCGGGGGCCGCGGGCGGUGGGGCCGCCCCCCGAUCUCGUUGUCACCCGCGGCGCCCCCGGGACGGGAGCGCGGCGCCACCGCCCCGACGGGAGACGGGCGAGGUUCGGGGGGCCCGGGCGGGAUGGGGGGCGCCGGGAGCGGGGGAGGCACGGGGGGCGCAGCCCGGAGGGUUCGGGGACCCUCCCGUCGAGGAGAAGCGGGACGGGGGGAGCGCAGCGCCGGGCUCGGGGCCCGCCGGGAGCGGGAGCGGGAGCGGGGGGGGAAGGGAGCGGUUCAAGGGGGCUCCCCGAGCCCCGGGGGGGUCCCGGCAGGACCCGACCCCCCCCGGGCCCGAGGGCAGCACUUACCUGAGCUGCCAUCGCUGCCUCCGCUGCGGGCGGCCCGACGGGGGGCUCCCCGCGGGGCGGGGGGCACGGGCGGGCACGGACGGACACGGGCGGGCACGGACGGACACGGGACCCCCCCCCGGCACCCCGCACAUCCCCGGGGGGGCCCCGCCGCGCCCGCGGCCCCGGCGCUCGCACAAGUGGCGGGGAGCGGCGGCGGCGGCGGCCUUAGCCCGGCCGGGGGACCCCCCCUGCGGCUCCCAAUUGGCCCAGGUGCCCCGGAAGGUGGAGCCGGGCCCGGGGCGGGGAGGGGGGGACGGGCUCACCUUGGGCCGCCCCCCCUGCCCCGCUCCCCACCCCCGGGGCCGCCCCGCCGGGGCAGCGGCGCUGUCCGAGCCCCCGUUCGGCUCCGGGGGCGAUGCCGGGACCCCCCCGGGCUGGGAGCGGAGCGGGGGCUCCGAGCAGGCGGAGCCGCCCCCGCUCCAUCCAGCGCUGCCCGCGCUCCGCGGGGCGGAGGCGGCGCCCGCCCAUCCCCGAGCCCCGGGGCGGCUCCGUCCGGCGGGCAGGGCCCGGGCACGGCUGAGCCCCGGCCGGCGCUUCCUUCCCUUGGGGGGGCAUUUUUAUAGCCGGGGCCGGCCCGCCCCGGGGCCGCCGUCGGGGCCGCUCACCGGCUGUCGGACACCGGAGCCGCGCACCUGA